AGAGAGAGAGAGAGAGACGGUUGUUAUUGUUAUUAAGCAGAGAGUCUUUUAUGUCUUUUCUCUGCACGCGAGCUGAAGAAGAGCGGACUGGGAGGGAGACGAUGUGUUGUUCUUCAUCGAUCUUGCCGUGUCCACCGGGCUUCGAUUGGCGAUCUCGAUCCUUUCGAUGCAGCUCCUGAUUCUGCGGUUCCGCCCUCGUUAGGGGUUGGUGCGGCGCGAGCUGGAAUCGCAGGAAUCGUGGGGCGUAGCUCGGCUCCAGUAGAAGCCCUAGAAGCAGGGACCCGAUUGGUUGAAGUGGAGCGGAGCGGAGUGGAGCUGAGCUCCCGUCGAUUUUGCGGGUUUCUGGGUCUAACCCUGUUGAUUGAGCUUGCGCCGAAGAUGGACAACGGCUUUGAUGGGAAAUUGGCUGAUAAGUUCUCAGGAAUGGUGCUUAAUGAUGCUUCUUCCAAUAUCAACUCCAACAAUGAUAGCUUGUUCCAGGUCAUGAAAGCCGUCGAAGCUGCCGAAGCCACUAUUAAACAGCAGGUGGAGGAGAAUGUUCGGCUGAGGACCGAGCUGCAGGAAAAAAUGCAGGAACUGGAAAGAUAUAAAUCAUAUGAAUCAAUGGCUUCUAGACAUGCUGUUGGGGCACCUGAUGGCCUUCUUCGCGGAGUUCAUGAUGCUCAUCAAUCUAUACCAUCUGUGGGUAACCCAGAAGAUGGCGUUAACAGCAUAGGAGGCACUUCUCCACGUGAUCAAGCCGGUACAAUUAUUGUCCACAAGGAGGUGAAGUUAAGUAAUCAGAAUGCUACCAGAAGUACUCAGGAGGAAGCCCACUCUGAAAGCAAUAAGGUCAAUGGGACAUUAAAAGUUCUUGCUGGUCCUCAGGUUCCCACUGAUAAUAGUGGCUUUUCUCAGUUAUCAUCACCAUCAGCGACAUCUUUUUCUCCUAACAGAUAUCAAACUGAAGGAGAAUAUGAUAGAAGACUUAAUUUCUCUGGACAUGGGCGUAUGCAGAUGGCUGAAGUCAAUAAUUCUAGCAGCCUCCAGAAACAGGAUCUCAUUCAUAAGGUUCAGGAACAGGAACAAGAGAUUGUACAGUUAAGGAGACAUUUGUCAGAUUAUUCAGUGAAGGAAGCUCAAGUACGAAACGAAAAGUAUGUCUUGGAGAAGCGAAUUGCUUAUAUGCGUAUGGCCUUUGAUCAGCAGCAGCAGGACCUUGUUGAUGCUGCAUCUAAAGCUCUGUCAUACAGGCAAGACAUAAUGGAGGAAAAUAUUCGUUUAUCAUACCAAUUGCAGGCUGCACAGCAAGAAAGAUUGACGUUUGUGUCAUCUUUGCUGCCUCUCCUUGCAGAGUAUUCUCUGCAGCCUCCAGUCCUCGAUGCUCAGUCAAUUGUGAGCAAUGUCAAGGUUCUUUUUAAACAUCUGCAAGAGCAGUUAAAUGUUACUGAGACCAAACUGAAAGAAUCACACUUUCAAUUGGCCACUUGGAAUUCAGAGGCAAGUCCGUCAAGUUUUGCACCACAGUCGCCCGCUCAUUCCAUUGGUGCAGCAUUGAUGACUUCAAAGAGAAAUGGACUAGAACUCGUGCCACAACCUGCUUUUUCACUAGGAAAUGCACCUGUUUCUUCUGAUGCUCAGCCAACUGCUGGAUGGGAUGCAUUGAAUGCCCAUCAGAUAGCUUUGGGAGGAGGUGUCUUACCCAAAAACAUGGAACCCAAUGACAUAGGGAGGUAUUCACCCCUUGCGAGCAGGGGUGCUGCUGCCCAUGAUGUGGCAGGACACUUCGCAAAUACUCGGGGCGGCACACCUCUUACCCAUCAUAGCGAAGAAACUACCAAGCAAGUCACUUUUCGUGAGCCUGUUAGCAACACAGAGAUGGAUGAUCCUGAUGUGGAGGGAAGUCGCAAUGAGAGACAGUCUCCGGCUAAUUGGGCUUCUGGGAACUCCCCCUAUACAGCCCCACUUGAGGAUCCCGGCUCUUCGUAUUCCCCCUAUCUACCACCAGUUCUUGAAGAACCUUCUUCUUCCUUUUCAGAGGCUGCAGAAGAUGAUCCAUUACCAGCUAUAGAGGGCCUCCAAAUUUCAGGUGAUGCAUUUCCUGGUAAGGAACUGCAGGCUUGUGGAUAUUCCACUAAUGGAACAACCAGCUGCAACUUUGAGUGGGUACGUCAUUUGGAAGAUGGCUCAAUUAAUUAUAUUGAAGGGGCAAAGCAACCAAUUUAUCUUGUUACUGCUGACGAUGUUGACACAUACCUUGCCAUUGAAGUUCAACCGCUGGAUAAUAGGAAGCGGAAGGGGGAGCUUGUGAAGGUAUUUGCUAAUGAGCACAGCAAGAUUACAUGCGGCUCGAUGCAGCAUAUCAUAGAAAGGACUCUUCAUGAAGGGCAUGCAUCAUACAAAGUUUCAUUAUCGACGGGAUAUCUUGACAUAUGGGAACCAGCUAUAUUGGCUGUUAAAAGGGAAGGUUACAGCAUAAAGUGUACUGCCAGUGAUGUUGUAGUCACAGAAAAGUUUUCCCCAAAUACGAGAAUUACAAUUCCUUAUGGAGAUGGCACGGCAUUUUGGAUAAUAGGUUCAAAUGAUAGUGAGCGUUUCUUAAGAGCAGAAAACAGCGCAGAAGAUAUUAGCUGCUCGAGAGAUACUAUUGUGCUGACUCUGAGGCUGUUCAUCUUAAGGGCUGGAGAAAGAAGAAAAGGGAAGAAAAGGGGUCUGUUCUUCAACAAGUAAAAAAAUCCCCCCUCAUGCCUUUCACAAACGUUCAUUGCCUCAUUGAGAAUUGCAAGUACAGCACGAAAUCUUUGAAUAGCAUGCAGCAUAGGCACAUUUGAAUUCAGGCUAUCUGAAGAUGAGUCAGGUACUCCGAGUGAGGGCUGGUUGUAUAGAUUUUGCAUGAAACAUACCCAUUCUUCCUUCUGGCUGUAACCCUUUUCUCUUGUAAUCUUUUCGAUGUAAAACCCCAAGGAAAGCCAGAGGAGGGCAUUUUUCACUUCAUGUACAAAAAUUUUGUUUAUUGUUUUGGGUCGAUAUAUAUGGAGGAGGUAUUUAUUCAUAA